AGUGCCAAACCAAAACACAAUCAUGGACUUACCUGAAGUCUCAUCCUUCAUUCAUCAUAGAGAGAACUAGAAAGUAGAAACCACACAACUUCUUCAGGACCUUCACAAACAUAGAGAAAGGAAGAGAGAAACUCAGAUACUAAGAGGGGAUGGGUAACUAUAGGUUCAAAUUAUCAGAUAUAAUCCCCAAUGCCUGGUUUUACAAACUCAAGGACAUGGGAAAAACAAGAAAGCAAACCCAAACAACUAAUUCCAGGAAGAAAAAGCAACCUUCACCAGUCUCAACCACAAAACCAUCAAAACCAAAGCAACCCCACCAAUACAAUCUCAGAAAGUCUUACUAUUUCACUAGGGAGCUUACCCCAAAUGAUAGAAUCUACUCCUCACCAACACCAACAAAUAACCAAAAUGCCAAAGACAACAAUUCCCCUGAACCCCCCAGAAAAUCAUCCAAACAAAGACUGAAGAAAAGAACUUCAAGGACUUCUUCACCUAAGCUUCUUGUUGUCUCUAACAAUAACAACUCCUCCUCAUCACCACAUGAUAAUAGCUCUACUGAAUCUUCAGAGCACCCUGACCCAGAAUUCAGAACAGACCGUGUUCUUCCAACCGAGUCAUUCGAUGAAACGGUUCCUUGGGCAAACUCUUGUGCCUGCAGGGUACACUCCAACACCAAGGACAUCAUCAUUGAUAUUGACAACAAUUCCAUAGCCAGAAAAGAUGAUAAGCUAGAAGGAUAUGAUUAUGAAUGUGAUUCCUUCUCAGACCUUGUGCUUCCACCAAUUGUGACAAAGCCUGCAAAAUUCAAUGACUUGCUCAGUGAUGCCAAGAAGAAAGAAACCAAAACCAGAAGCAAGAUGGCUGCACAUGAAGAAGAACCAAACCUCAAUAAGGGCCCUCUGAGGGUUAAAAUUGUGAAGGAAGACACUGCAUCAAUGAAGGGACAGAAGAACAACUAUGGAAGGAGAUUCUCUGUGAGUUCUCCUGGAGUGAGGCUUCGGAUGAAUUCUCCGCGAAUCGCCAGCCGGAGAGUUCAGGCAAACGGCCGGAGAAGCGUGUCCUCGGCCGCCGCCGCCGCCGCCGCCGCCGCCCGGAGAAGCCUCUCCGAUAGCUUUGCAGUUGUGAAGUCAUCACUGAAUCCACAGAGGGAUUUCAGAGAAUCAAUGGUGGAGAUGAUUGUGCAGAACAACAUAAGGACAUCAAAGGAUUUGGAGGAUCUUCUAGCUUGCUACCUUUCUUUGAAUUCAGAUGAGUAUCAUGAUCUCAUUAUCAAAGUGUUCAAGCAAAUAUGGUUUGAUUUAACUGAUAACAAUUAGUAGAACAAGUUAAGUAACAACCAAUUGAGAUUUGAGACCAUUCUAAAUGAGUUUCUCAAGUUUCUGUUUCUUACACAACUUAUGUUCACAUGUAAGUAAUAUUAAUUAGCUCAAAAAAAAGUAAGUAAUAUUAAUAUCUUGGUUUAAUUAGUUUAAUAUAUAGACCUUAGUGUUUAGCCAAUAUUUGAGCAUGACAGUGUCCAAGAUGUUUCCAUUUUUUUCGAAUGGAUAAACGAAAUUGAAUGCAGAAACGCAUCCUCUCAGAGGUUUUGUGAUGGGAUUGAACCACUAUAGAAGGAAAUUUACUCUGCUAAGGCUAAUAAAAUGGGUUUGAGGAAUUUUUGUUGGUUAGGGAAUAAUUCAAUUAACUUAAUUGUGAACUGCAGAAUUCAGAUUACAUAUGUAUGACACAACAAUAGUGUCAAUUGACAUGCAAACGAGUAAAAUGUUUUUUUUCUUUCAAACACGAGCUUUAUUUGGAAUUUUGGACCAUUUUUCUGUGUUUAGAAAGGCAGAAAAGUUUGCCACAAACGGGGCAUUGUAUUGUAAUACUAGUUUUCUGUCA